UUUUAUAAUCGUCCACUCCACUCGUCUCUUCUGGUAAAAUUAAAAAAAGGGGAGGAGCAAUUUCGUUGUAUCUUCCAUGAUUCUUCCUCUUUACUCGUCUCUUCUGAUCUAAUUACUCUGUCUUUGGAUUCUUUUGUGUAUUUUUGCUGAAAAAUCACUGUGAUCCCUAGUUAAUGGCUUCUUCUUCUCUCACUUGGAUGCAUGAUGUCUUCCCGAGCUUCUGUGGAGGAGACGUGCGCAAAAACUUUCUAAGUCACUUGCUGGUAAAGCUCGAAAGCAAAGGAAUCAGGCCGUUCAUUGACAAUAACAUUGAGCGAGGCCAGUCCAUCGGUCCGGAGCUCGUAAAAGCGAUCAGAGAAUCAAGGGUUGCUAUUGUCUUGCUCUCCCGUAACUACUCUUCUUCCAGCUGGUGUUUGGAUGAGUUGGUGGAAAUCAUGAAUUGCAGGGAAAGGGAUCAACAGAAAGUGAUAACUAUUUUCUACGGAGUGGAUCCAUCUGAUGUUAGGAACCAGACGGGAGACUUUGGAGACGCCUUUGAUGAAACUUGUGAGGGAAGAACAGAAGAUGUGAAGGAGGCAUGGAAGAAAGCUUUGAACGCAGUCGCCAGUAUCGCUGGUUAUCACUCUCGCAACUGGGACAAUGAAGCUAAGAUGAUUGACGAAAUUGCGGGAGAUCUUAUGAAAGUGUUGGGGAUUACACCAUCAAAAGAUUUUGAUGACUUUGUUGGCAUGGAAGCUCGUAUUACGGAGAUAAAUUCCUUGUUGAGCCUACAAUCAAAUGAUAAAGUUAAGAUCAUAGGGAUCUUGGGUCCUGCUGGGAUUGGUAAGACGAGCACUGCCAGAGCUUUGUACCACCGAUUCUCUCGUGGUUUUGAGUACAGCACGUUUAUUGAGGAUAUCAGAGGAAGUAGAGAGAUGCCUUCUCUCGGUGGCUCCCAUCAUCAGUUUCAGUUGGACUGUCAGAAAGAGUUACUGUCUCGGAUUUUUAACCAAAAGGAUAUUAAGGUUGAGCACUUGGGAGUGGCUAAACAAAAGCUGAGUGACAAGAAAGUGUUGAUCGUUCUUGAUGAAAUGGACUGCUUGUUGAAACUUGAGGCAAUGGCAAAGAAGCCUGAUUGGUUUGGUCCUGGAAGUAUGAUUAUCAUUACAACCGAAGAUAGAACCCUUCUCAAGGCACAAAACAUCAAAUGUGUUUACGAUAUCAAACUUCCAGAUGGAGUUGAGGCGUUUCAGAUCUUCUGCAAAUAUGCUUUCCCUCAAAAGUCUCUAGAUUAUGGUCCUAAGACGAGAACUGCCAGAGCUUUGCACGACCAAUUCUCUCUUGAUAUCAGAGGAACUCUUGAGAUGUCUUCUCGCCCUGGCUCCGAGGCAUUUGAGAUCUUCUCCCAAUAUGCUUUCGAUCAAAAGUCUCUAGAUUAUGGUCCUAAGACAAGAAAUGCCACAGCUUUGCACAACCAAUUCCCUCUUGAUCUCAUAGGAAGUCUUGAGAUGUCUUCUGUCGAUCAGACCUCCGGCCAAUAUGUUUUCGGUCCAAAGUCUAUAUAUUUUGAUCCUAAGACGAGAACUGCCACCGCUCCGCACAACCAAUUCUCUCUUGGUCUCGUAGAAAGCCUUGAGAUGUCUUCUCUCCCUGGCUCCGAUUAUAUAUUUGAUUAUAGGUAUGAUUUUUAUGAGCUUGCUCGGGAAGUUACUGAACUUGCUGGUCAUCUUCCGCUAGGCCUGAGAGUCUUGGGAUCGUCUCUACGAGGAAAGUCCAGGGACGAGUGGAUAAAUGCGAUACCAAGGCUCAAGUCUAGCCUUCACGAAGGAAUUGAAUCAAUUCUAAUGUUUGGCUACAACGGCUUACGUGAUGAUAAAGAAGCUCUUUUUCUGUAUGUUGCAUGUCUCUUUGUUGGUUUCGAGGUUGAUCGCGUUAAACGUGUUCUUGAAGAUUGUAAUUUACAAGUCGACCAUGGGCUUCAGAACUUAGAGCAGAAAAGUCUCAUGUCCACAGAAUAUGGAUACGUAAAGAUGCACACGUUACUGCAACAAAUGGGUAGAGAUAUUGUCAUGAAAGAGUCUUUGAAGGAGCCUGGAAAGCGACAGUUCUUAAUGGAUACCAAGGAUAUUUCCGAAUUACUUGAAGAUGAAGAAGAUACUGGUACUAAAAAAGAAGUUUUAGGCAUAAAGCUAAAAACUUUAUUGUCAUGGAGAGAGGAUAUCCAAAUAAGUAAAAGUGCCUUCCAAGGGAUGAAGAAUCUCCAGUUUCUACUAGUCGAUUCUGAUAACGUGCGCAUACCCGAAGAAGGCCUCAGCUGUCUUCCCGACAAACUCAGACUUCUAGAGUGGCCCAGUUGUCCAUUGACAUAUUUGCCUUCCAAGUUCUCUGGCAAGUUUCUUGUCGAACUUAUCAUGACAGAAAGCAAACUUGAGAAGCUUUGGGAAGGAAUCAAGCCUCUCCAGCGCCUCAAGCGGAUGGUUUUGAGUAAUUCUUGGUAUCUGAAAGAGAUUCCAGAUCUAUCAAAUGCAACGAGUCUCGAGGAACUAGAUCUUCAUGGCUGCAGAAGUUUGUUAGAGCUCACAAGCACUAUUGGCUAUGCCACUAAGCUUAAAAGGUGUAAACUUAGCGAUUGCUUUCGUUUGAAGGAGCUCCCCUCUUCUAUGGGUAGGCUAAUCAAUCUCGAGGAAUUGGAUCUCACGAGCACGGGUUUGAAAGAACUUGAAAAACUCAGUGGUUGCUUGAGGUUGAAAGAAGUCAAUCUGAGCUGGACUGCCAUAUGGGAAGUGCCAUCAUCAUCAAUCAGAUCUAACUGGUCUUGUCUUAAUAAAUUGGAUAUGUCUGGGUGUAUAAACCUCAAGGUGUUCCCAAAUGUUCCUGGCAGCAUUAAAGAGUUGGUGUUGUGCAGGACAGGGAUAGAGGAAAUUCCUCCAUGGAUUGAGAAUCUGUCUCGUUUGCGUAAACUAAUUAUGUAUGGAUGCAAGAAGCUGAAGAUAUCUCCGAAUAUUUCCAAGUUGGAGAAUCUUGAGUUUCUUGAUCUACGUAAGAAUGGUGAAAGUGAGCAUGAUAAAGUGAAACUUAUAUAUGUAUCUGAAGCAGUAAUCAAGUGGGAGGGCCCUGACUCUAAGCGCAGUUGGACAUUACUAUCACACUUCGAAGAACAUUACACUUUACCGAGAUGUCUACCCGCGAAGGCGCCUACAUUAUUUAUAAGGAGUUAUCGUCUCAAAACAAUUCCAGAUUGCAUCAGACGUCUCUCGCGACUAACUAAGCUUGACGUCACAGGAUGCCCAGAUCUCGCAGCACUUCCACCGCUUCCAGAAUCCCUUCUCUCCCUAGAUGCAAAAGGUUGUAGAAAAUUAGAGAGAAUAGACUCUUAUUUUCAAAAUCCAAAUAUUUGCCUAAACUUUGCUGGCUGCAUCAGCCUGGAUCAAAAUGCGAAAGAGCUCAUCUACACAUCAGACUGCAAAUAUGCGCUCUUACCGGAUAAAAAAGUGCCUGCACAGUUCCCUCACCAAGCUACUUCAGGUUCCCUGACGAUCAAUCUGACUCCAAGACCUCUUCCUUCAUCCUUGAGAUUCAAAGCUUGCAUCUUUCUGUCAAGAAGCAAAAUUAUUUUAGAGAAAGAGAAACUACUGAUGGGUGGUGUUGCUUGUCGUGUCAUGGGUAAACAGAAUGGCCUCACUAUCCAAUAUGGAUCUAAUCAGCACCAUAUUCCAUGUAGAUAUGACGGAUAUAGAGACCAUCUGUAUAUAUUUGAAGAUUCUUUCUGUCUAAACCAGGAUUGCCCUCAAGCCGGAGAAGGCACUUUGAGCAAGCUUGUGUUUGAGUUCAUAGGCAAUGGUAACUUCUGGAAGGUGAAAGGCUGUGGUGUACGACUUUUGGUCUCUGAUUGUACUAUUGAUGAAAAUGAAAGUGAAGAUGAAAAUGAAAAUGAAAGUGAAGAUGAAUCUAGGAUCGAGCGAGGUGUAGAAGUGCCUGUACACUUCACUUACAAAGCUACUUCAGAUUCCCUAACCAUCAAUCAGAUUCCACAAACUCUUCCUCCAUCCCUUAGAUUCAAAGCUUGCAUCUUGCUGGCAAGGGUCAAUAUUAAUAUCCAGGAUUAUUUAGAGAGUGUUUCUUGGAGCUUCAGUGAUCUCUUUGGUGAAGAUGAAGAUAAUUUAUUGAUGUGUGUGUCUUGUAGGUUUAGGGGUAAACAGAAUGGCCUGGCUGUCCAAUAUGGAUCACACGAGCGCGACAUGCCUUGUAUAAGUGGAUCGGAGGAACGUCUGUAUACAUUUGAAGAUUCUUUCUGUCUAGACCAGGAUUUCCCUCAAGCCGAAGAUACCACUUUUAACGAGCUUGAGUUUGAGUUCAAAGUUGUUCAUAAAUAUUGGAAGGUGAAAGCUUGUGGUGUACAAAUUUUGGAGGACAAAGAAGAAACUAGAAGUGACAAGGAUGAAGAUGAUGAAGCUGGUGAUGGUGAUAAUGAUGGGGUUGAGGAGGAUAUAAAGGAUGAUGUAGAUAAAACUCAAGAAGGAGAAGAAUCUAGACGUGAUGAUGAUGCAGAGACAAGAAGCAAGAAACGAAUGAGGUUCAGCCUUCCGUAGAUAUAUGGAACUGUCAUAUUGUUAUAUAUAAUUUUGUGAUUCUGUUCAGAUUAAUCUAAACACCCAGGGACAAUCAAUCUGGGGUUUAUUAAGAUUCCAAGAAAAUAAUUGGACUUUAACAGUAAUAGCAAAGUUGCGUUUUAAGAACAAUUUAUGUUUCAAGUUAUUCAUUUUGAAGAUGCAUGAUUGUUGGUUUGGUAAA